AUGUGGGAGUCAGCAAAGGAAACAUCUGAGCAUCCAGUCAUGGAGAAAGAAUAUAUCUAUUCAGAUGUGAAUGAGAAAGCUGAAUAUUGUGAUGUAUUGAGAAAGGAGGGGAGGAAACACACAUCUCAAGGGAAAAAUACUUUUAGUGUUUUACAGAGAACUCACACAAGGAGAAAACCAUAUCAAUGCUUGCAGUAUGGGAAAAGCUUCAGUGAUAUUGGAAGCCUUACUUCUCAUAAAAGAAUUGACACAGGAGAUAAACCAUAUAAAUGCCUGGAGUGUGGAAGAAGCUUCAGUCAGAGGGGCAGUCUAACUUCUCAUCAAAGAAUUCACACGGGGGAGAAACCAUAUAAAUGCCUAGAGUGUGGGAAAAGUUUCAAUAACAGUGGACACCUUACUGUCCAUCAAAGAAUUCACACAGGAGAGAAACCAUAUAAAUGCUUGGAGUGUGGGAAAAGCUUUGGAGAAAGUGGGAAGCUUACUUCCCAUCAAAGAAUUCACACAGGGGAGAAACCAUAUAAAUGCCUAGAGUGUGGAAGAAGCUUCAGGCAGAGGGGCAGUCUAACUUCUCAUCAAAGAAUUCACACAGGGGAGAAACCAUAUAAAUGCCUGGAGUGUGGAAAAAGCUUCAGUCAGAGUUCACACCUUACUGUCCAUCAAAGAAUUCACAAAGGAGAGAAACCAUAUAAAUGCUUGGAGUGUGGGAAAAGCUUUGGAGAAAGACACCUUACUUCCCAUCAAAGAAUUCACGCAGGGGGAAAACCAUAUAAAUUCCUGGAGUGUGGAAGAAGCUUCAGUCAGAGGGGCAGUCUAACUUCUCAUCAAAGAAGUCACACAGGGGAGAAACCAUAUAAAUGCCUCGAGUGUGGAAAAAGCUUCAGUCAGAGAUCACACCUUACUGUCCAUCAAAGAAUUCACACAGGGGAGAAACCAUAUAAAUGCUUGGAGUGUGGGAAAAGCUUUGGAGAAAGUGGAAAGCUUACUUCCCAUCAAAGAAUUCACACAGGGGAGAAACCAUAUAAAUGCCUAGAGUGUGGAAGAAGCUUCCUGCCAGAAAAGGAGUUAGUGGGCAUGAUGGCACCCACGGGAACCACACUGGGGACCCCGGCCUAUCAGACUAUGUGUGAAUAA